AUGGCGAUGCUCUUUCUGAAUCCUCUUCCUCCUUCACAAUGUAGAAGCCUCUCUCCUUUUGUAUUCAUCCAAGUCGCCGGAGAAAUUUCAUCACCGCGUUUCUCGUUGAAGUUGAAAUCCUCCGGCGCCGAGAACUGGGUUUCUCGUUUCCGAUCGAAAUCUCUCGGUCUGGUCUUCUCUGGAGCUCUCGCUCUCGGUUUAUCUCUGUCAGGUGUGGUGGGAUUUGCAGAGGCAAAAGUGGGAGUUAACAAACCAGAGCUGCUUUCUAAAGAGUUCACUACUGUCAUUGAUGUUGCUGGUUUCCUCUCUAAUGGCCAGCCUUGA